CGCGGUCACGCUGAUUCACUGACUAAAAACCGAUUGAUAAAUCUUAACAAGUUUAUUGCGGACUAUGAAUAUUGCUUUAAAAUUGGGUUUCUCAAUGUGCUGUCUAAGUCGCAGGAGUCCGGCACAUACAUUUAUUCAAAGAGGAAGUCAUGUUGUCUCCUACCGUAAUGCCCCACCGGCGCAUUCAAGUGCAACCAAAAUUGGUGCUGUGACUGUUGGUGGAGCUAUGUGGUGGUGGGUAAUUUGGCACCUAUGGCAUGAGCCCGACCAUAUAACGGGGGAAUUCGAUUAUCCUAACCCAAAGCAAUGGAGCAACUCUGAGUUGGGUAUUCCUAAAGAUUCUUAAACGUUCGAUAAAAUUCAAGGUUAUCCCAUAAAUAUUCAAUAAAAUGUGACUCUUAGCCAUGGACGUAUUUGUUUAUGUGUUGAAAUCUUAUCGGUUCAAUGAGGUAAUGAACUCCGCCCAACAAUAACCAUAUUAUCAUAGUACUAAACUCGAUUGGAAUAAAACCGUGCAACACUACAAAAAGAA